AUGCUGCUGUCCAUAAAUCCCUACAAACCUCUAAACCUUUACACAGAGGAGAUGAGGAUCAGAUACAAAGACAAAGAGCAGCAAGCAAACCCUCCCCAUGUGUACACCAUUGCGGAAUCAGCCUUCAAGCUUUCUCAAGCCUCCACACAGGAACAAUGCAUCAUCAUCAGUGGACAGAGCGGGUCAGGGAAAACUGAAGCUACUAAGUUAAUCAUCCACUACCUGAGCUCAAUGUAUCACAAAAAAGACAACAAUCUUCGACAGCCUAUGGAGGUCUUUCCCAUUUUGGAGAGCUUUGGAAAUGCCAAGACCAUUCUCAACAACAAUUCCAGCCGCUUUGGGAAGUAUCUCCACAUUCACAUUCUCAAUGGAGCCAUUGUUGGAACCUCCAUGUCCAAAUAUCUUUUGGAGAAAUCCAGGAUAGUCUUUCAGGCUAACGAGGAAAGAAACUACCAUGUGUUUUAUGAGCUUCUGGCCGGCAUGAACGAAUGGGAAAUGCAGGAUUUUUAUCUACAAGGAGCUGAAACCUAUUACUACCUAAACCAAGGUGGGGCCUGCGAGCUGAAGGGGAAGCAGGACAAACAAGACUUCCAACUCCUGGUUAAGUGUUUUCAGACCAUUGGUCUACAUGCCAAUCAGAUCUCCACUAUCUGGGCCGUCCUUUCCUGCAUUUUGCAGCUUGGCAACAUAUGUUUCAGUGCAUAUGAGAGUGACUCGUUUGAGGUGGCGCGUCUCUUUAGCGAAUCUGAGGCUCGAAGGGUUGGCUCUUUGUUGCAGAUCUCUUCAGAUGCCUUACAGACAGUAAUUACUCACAGAGUCACAGAGACUACUUACGACAGAAUCUACUGCCCACUCUCUGUUGAAGGUGCCAUAGAAUCCCGAGAUGCCAUUGCCAAAGCAUUGUACUCUGUGCUGUUUGACUGGCUGCUGGAGCAGAUCAAUGACUGGCUCAGUCCCACAGAGAUGGACAGCUGUGUGGGUGUUGUUGACUUCUAUGGGUUUGAGGAUCUGGUUAUGAACAGUUUCGAACAACUUUGUAUCAAUUUUGCCAAUGAGAAGCUUCAGCAUUUUGUCAAUAAAGCAGUGAUUUCUCAAGAGCUGGAAGAAUACAAUGCAGAACAUAUUCAGUGGUAUCCAAUGCCACUGAAGAACUUAAGUCCCUGUCUGGAGCUGAUUGCUGGGAGGCCAUGUGGCAUCCUCCGCAUCCUAGAUGAUCAGACUUUCCUGCCACAGGCCACCGACCACACUUUCCUGCAGAAGUGCCACUACCAACAUGCACACAACCCUUACUAUGCCAAGCCCAAGAGCCAGAUGCCAGUUUUUACCAUUUAUCACUAUGCUGGGCCCGUCACAUACCAGGUUCAUAAUUUCCUAAAUAAGAACCAUGAUCAAUUCAGAGCAGAAGUGGUGGAGCUCUUUGCUCGGAGUCGGACUCAGCUUCCUGGGAUCUUUGAUGUGGACUAUGUGUCUGAUCAGCUGCGGCAUGCAGGGAUAUUAGAAACCAUCCACAUUCGAAAAGAAGGCUACCCCAUUCGGAUUCAGUACUCCUACUUGAUACAGAGGUGUUUAUUAAGCACCUCCUUUGUUCCUGAAACUCCUGCCUCCUCUUCUCUGUGCCUGGUUGCUUCCCUCAUUCCCCCACACAUCAGUCUAACCAUGAUCCAGCGGUAUGGGGUUCUUUUGAACCAGCAGCUGACAGGGAUGUUGGACAGAGAUAUGACAGUGGCACUGCUGCAAAAGAUUGAAGCCCAGGAGGGACAGUAUCAGCUUGGACUCACCAAGGUUUUCCUCAAGGAACACCUGUACCGACAGCUAGAGGAUAAGUGGAGCAGCACUCAAACCUGGGCUGCAAUCACCAUACAGAGGAACAUCAGAGGCUUCCUUUGUAGGAGGAACUUCAGGUUCUUCAAACAGAAAGCCAUUGUUAUCCAGAGCCACAUCCGAGGACACCAGGCCAGGAAGUACUUCAAACGAAUGAAGCAGUCCUUCACCCAAUUCUGGGCAGUAAUGCUGAUCACCCGUAACACCAUCAAGAGGCAUCACUGGAGGAAGGAGCUUAAUGAAAAGAAGAAAGUCAAAACGGUGACAAAGACAGCGUCUGACUCCCAGAAGAUGGAUGUGGGGAUGUUGGACAUCCCCGCUGAGCUAUCUGCCAGACUCAACAGUCAGACGGCAGGGUUGCAGCGUGCACUGAGGAUUACAGAAGUAACUCCUCCACAGGUGAAGGCAGAUAUAAAAGUCACCCUGCCAGACGACAUAGACAGAUAUCCAUUCUCUCGCUAUGCCAAGUCUGUAUUACAAGAUACAUGGAGCCAACCUCAAGGUUACCCCCUCCAGAGACCCCUCACCCCACUUGAGCCCGAAGAUGCCAGAACUGCUCUGGAGAUUUACAAACUGAUCCUACGGUUCACAGGUGAGUCAGACCUCAGUGACUGGCAAGAACGCAUGUUGGGUAACUACAUCGUAGAGAAGGGCCAGAGCCAACCAGCCCUGAGAGAUGAGAUCCUGGUGCAGUUGGUCUAUCAUACAUGGGAGCAGCAGGAUAUUCAGAUAAGCAUGAGGGGGUGGCUUUUGUUGGCCAGCUGCCUCAGUGCUUUUACUCCAUCACCAACACUGGACAAGGCCCUGCUGAAGUAUGUGUCUGAUCAAGGUCCAAGGGAAUACCGCCCACUGUGCCAACACAAACUGCUAACAUCCCUGCAGCUGCCAGCACCCAUCGGACGCACAUAUCCACCCACCCAGCUAGAGUGGACGUCCAACCAGAAGAGAGGAGGCAUGGUGCUAGAGGUCCACACUUUUAAUGAUGAGACACUGACAGGUGAGGUGGAGUCAUGGACUACAGGAGAGCAGCUGGCCUCGUGGCUUCUCUCUUAUAGAGGUGUGAUGGAGGCAGUUGGAGGCUGGUCGGUGUCUCUUGUUAAUGAUGAAGGCUGGUCAGACCUGGCAGGCUCAGACUUCGUCAUGGACCUGCUGGCUGCAGAGGAAGCUGACAAUUUGCCACCACAAGAAACCUCUUCCUCCAUAAACUCUGAUUACCUGUUCAGCAGACAGACAGACAGGUUACCAGGUGCUGCACACAUGGAUGACUUUAUUCCACCGGCUCCACCCAUGCAAGCUCCUGGCCUGCCUCCAUUUGAAGGAAACCCCUGGGGCAGAGAUUAUCCACAUGAAGGGCGAGGUCGACAGAUGGACGCUUUCGUUGAUGACUUGUUUGACUCAGUUCAGGACACGGGGCCCUCGGACAUGGACAGAGUGGCCAUGCUCAGCCGCAGAAUAAGAGGACGCGGGGGAAUUGGACCGAUGCAGCCCGGAAUGUAUGGAGCUGGGAUGCCCAUGACCAUGCCAACCUAUCCCAUGGGAGCUGCAGCCAACGUUGCAAUGCCUGGUUAUGGAGCAACACCUAUGAUGCCAACCAUGCCAGGUAUGAUGAUGCCUCAGGCUCCUGUCAUGCCUGAUCCCAUGCAAGUUGCAGCAUCUCAGCAGGCUCUCAUCCAGCAGCAGGCCUUACUCAUGGCGCAGCAAAUGACCAUGCAGGCCUUGAGUCUGUCUCAGCAGCAGACCCAGGAAGAGCAGAAGAAGAAGGAGGAGCAGAAAAAGAAGGAAGAACAAAGAAAGAGGGAGGAGGAAAGAAGAGAGGAGCAAAGAAAGAGAGAUGAAGAGAGAAGGGAGAAGCAAAAAAAGAGGGAGGAGGAGAAAAAAGAGGAGGAAAGAUUGAAGAGGCACCAGUCCUCAAGGCGCUCCAAGCAGCGCUCACCUUCACCCUCUUCUGGAAGUCCCUCACCCCCACCUGUGAGGUCCAAAGCCCCUGCACCCAAACGCUCCUCUUCCUCCAAACAGCCUCAGCGAGAGUCAGACUCAGAUGAUGACUCCACAGAUGACAACAAAAAAGACUUCAAAGAUAAGAUGGACUUUUUCCAGAAGAUCGAAUCUCAGCCAAAAGAUAAACCCAAAAAAACAAAAUCCAAGGCGGCACGCACCAGUUCAGUCAUACAGAAGAAGAACAAACCUCCACCAAAGAGCCCAUCCCCACCACCCGUCGCACCAAAACCUAAAGUGAGACCUCGAACCAUCAGUCCAGAAAGAGAGGAGACUAGCCAGAAUGAACCAGAAUCUCCUACUCGGCCUGAACCUACCUCUAGCAUCAGAGAAAUCAUCAAGCAGUUCAACAGUCGCCCCCAGCCUGAGCCUAAACCCUAUGAGCCUGUCAGAUAUUCUGCCAAACCAUUCAUAAAGAAGAGUGACCCCAAAGCAGAAGCUCUGGCCAAGCUCAGGAACAAAGCUCCAGGGCCACAACCCAAGAGACAGUUGGCCCCUCCCCCACUGCCCCCCUCCCCUCCACCUUCUCCUGCUGCCCAGCGAGUCAUCUCUAACAGCAUGAGGGAGAAGCAGCGUUCCCUGCAGGACCUGUUUGCUUUCCAGCCUCCUCCACCUUCUCCCCCUGACUCUCCACCUCCCGCGCCCGAACCCAUAUAUCAGACCAUCCCGGACCAUCCACCAAUGCCUGCUCCUACUCUCAACGAGCUGAUGGACGACGAAGGCAUCAAGUCCCAGCUCUGCCGCUUCUCCCCCUCAGUUUACUUUUCCUACUACAACACGGCAGGAAAAAUAUUCCUGCGAAAAGAGGUGUUUUACCCCAGAGAGCUCUUCAAUUCGCCCUACGUUCUCAAUCUGCUGUGUGAACAGAUCAUGACUGACACCUACUCAGACAGCUGUGUGAGGAUCGACAGAGAGGAGAGGAGGAAGAUGAAGGACCUCCUGUCAAAUUUCAAUGUUGGUCCGCCAGCAAGCAGCAUCCAUGAUGACAGCAUGAAGAAGAGAAUAAUCAUUGCAGCCCGAGACAAUUGGGAGAAUUACUUUGCUCGGCUGUUUCCUGUGGCGCUGGACAGCGGAGAUGCACAGGUUCUGGGGGUGUCUCACCGAGGUAUUUGUCUUCUGAAAAUGGUGAAAGCAUCUGGAAUAAACCCAAAGCAUCUUCGGCUGCUUAAAGGCUACAGUUUUGCAGAGGUGCUGUCGUUGGAGCUCCAGGGUGCAAGCAGAGUGGAGCUGGAGCUGAAGACUGAGAACUUAGUGCUGAGAUCAUCCAGAGCUCCUCAGAUCAGUGCCAUGAUUCGUUUGUUCCUUCAAGAGCUCAUCAAGGGCUCAGGCCACGUUGUGGCUUUGAAGAGCUUCAUGACGGAUGACAGGAGUCUGCUGAGCUUCAGCAAAGGAGAUGUCAUCAGGCUGCUGCCCAUGGACGGACUUCAGGGAGGCUGGCUGUUCGGAACCGUAGGGGGGCGCUCCGGACUUUUCCCAGAAGAGCUGACGCAGCCAUCCGCAGCCCCUGACUAUCACUACCUUCACCUGGAUCGAAGAGAUGACAAGAGGAAAAGCAUGAAGAGCAACACCAGAAACGCUCCACCUGCAAGCCCUUCUCAGCAUCCUGUAGCUCUCAGACAGAUGAGCCCAGAGUCUGAGCCAUCACGCUCCAACUCCGUUCAAGGAUUCCUGCAAAGAUCUGGACCAAGCUCCAUCCAGGGCUCUGUGCAUGAAUUGGGGGUCACGUCUCCCAUGGCUGAAUUUGCCAUGAAGUAUUUCAGAACCGGGACCUCAGGCCUUCCAGCCAGCGGCAGAACUUUGAUUCAACACACGGACAUCCCCAUCCAAGAGUCGCUCAUCCUCUUCGAUGAUCCUGAAAUGAAUGAGUUAUCCGUUCAGUGCUUCCUGAACCUGAUGAUGUUCAUGGGUGAUGUGCCACUGAAGAAGAACACCUCAACAGCAGACUGUUUGAGUCACAUCCUGCUGCUGGGAAAGGAGAAGGAGCUGCUCAGAGAUGAAAUCUUCUGCCAGGUCAUCAAACAAAACACCAACAACCCAACUCAGUCUAGCUUCACCCUGGGCUGGCGCCUCUUGGUCCUUAUAACUGGCUUCUUCCCCUGCUCUGGAACUCUGCAUCCUUACGUUACUCAGCACUUUGAUGACAUCUCUCAAGAUUUUGAGCAUCCAUUCAAAGAUCUGGCUGCUGUUUGUCAGGACAACCUCAGUCGCUCUGUCCGGUUCGGGGGCCGCAGAAAUAUCCCCUCACACGUUGAAAUGGAUGCACUUCUGGCUGGUAAGACUUCCCGGCGUAUUACAAUCAUGUUUCCAGGAAAUGUUGAGUUUCCUGCCAAAAUCCGGAGUUUCACCAUAACCCUAGAUGUGAUCAAAGACCUGUGCAAUGAGAUGGGAGUCUCACAGCUGGAAGAAAUGAGAGAGUUUUACAUCCUCGCAAAACGACUACAAGAUGGAUUAGUACGCCCCCUGCAUCCUGAGGAGUACCUGUUCGACUUCCUCUUGGAAGACGGCUCCAUUACCUUGUCCUUCAGGAGGAUCCUGUGGGGAACCCCUCUGUCCUUCGAGAACGAACUGUUUCUGGAUUUCCAUUACCAACAGCUCCUGGAGGACUACCUGAGCGGUCAGCUGAAGUUGGGUCCCAGCAACGGGGGCUCCUCAUUGGUUCGGGAGGUGGCAGAGCUCGCUGCCCUGCAGCAUUUGGCUCGGGGUGCCACAGAACCCCCCACCUUGUCAGAGGUGAAAGAGUACCUGCCCUCACAAGAUGGCCUCAGUAGUAAAUUGGAGGAAAUCUCCUCAUCCUGCCACGUUCACGUCUCAGCCAUGGAGUCACUCAGCCCACAAGAUGCCAAAAUACGCCUGAUAGAGGGUCUCAGCAGCUUGCCUCUGUUUGGCUCAACCUCAUUCCUGGUUCAGAAAGUGAACCAACGAGGAUGCCCCUCCCCCUGCAUCGUCAGUGUUAACCAGCAGGGGGUGUCCUUCCGUCACCCUAAGAGUCAGGAGCAGGUGUUCCACAUCCCGCUGGCCAAAGUUGAGUCCAUGCGAACCAUCCGCCCCAAGAAGCAAGGAAAAUCUCCGGUAGCAGAAAUCAGCUACGGAGAUCCAGCAAGACCCAAAACUGUCACUCUUCAUUUCAAACAGGCUAAAGAGUUCUGCCACACCCUGGCUCUGAUCAUGGAGAUGACUCAAAGCACAGCCUAAAAUUCAGUGCCAGACCACCUGUUAAAAAAUCUACUGACCUUAAACUGACCCUGACCUCAGGCUGACAGUAACCUCUGCAGAACAACAUAAUUCACUGCUAUAAUAAAAAAAAAGUAUUUGUUUUUGUUUUUCUGAGAGCCUUUAGAAGGAGGCAUUAAUAUAUGAAUUACUAGUCAAAAGAAAUGUCUGCUGAUUUCAUUCAAGUUAAUAAAAAAUAUAAUAAAUAAAUGUGCUGAUUGA